AUGCUGUCUGUCACAGCUACCUCCUUGCGGGCAGGCUCACGACGAGCUGUAUCCCGAGUAGCUGGAGCUUCGUCCGUCGCGGCUCCGAGACAGAUCCGACGUCCCAAUGUCGCCCUAUGCCAAGCCCUCUCCACCACGACCGCGUUGGCAUCACCACCUGCCCGAGACCGUGCACGAGAGAUUGUUGCCCAGACUGUGAGCAACAUUGGCAGCAACCAGCAGUACCUCAAGUUGUUUACUUCGGUUUCAUCCCAGAAGUUCGCCGUCAUCAAGGUCGGCGGUGCCAUAUUGACGGAAUAUAUUAGUGAGCUCUGCAGGAGCUUGCUAUUUCUAUACGAAGUGGGAUUGUAUCCUGUAAUUGUCCACGGAGCCGGGCCCCAAUUAAACCGGCUUCUGGAAGAAGCUGGCGUUGAACCUCAGUUUAAGGAAGGUAUCCGUGUGACGGAUGCUAAGACGCUUGGUGUCGCCAGAAAGCUCUUCCUCGAGGAAAACUUACGACUUAUUGAUCGUUUGGAUGAACUUGGUGUCGCCACCCGUUCAUUGAGUGGAGUCUUUAUGGCGGAUUAUCUCGACAAGGAAAAGUGGCAGUAUGUGGGCAAGAUUACCAAGGUUAACAAGGAGGCCAUCGAAAAGUCUAUCGAGGCCGGAUACAUUCCCAUCUUGACUUCUAUGGCUGAGUCUGAGGAUGGCAGACUACUCAACGUUAAUGCAGAUGUCGCUGCCGGUGAACUUGCCCGUGCUUUGGAGCCUCUUAAAAUUCUUUACCUCUCCGAAAAGGGGGGACUUUUUGACGGCGAAGGCGAGAAGAUCUCCCACAUUAACCUGGAUAAAGAAUUCAAUCAUCUCAUGUCUCAGCCCUGGUGCCGGUACGGCACUCGUCUUAAGAUUAAGGAGAUUAAGGAGCUUUUAGACACCCUUCCACGCAGCUCGAGUGUUGCCAUCAUCCAUCCGAGCGAGAUGCAAAAGGAACUUUUUACUGAUUCUGGUGCUGGUACUCUUAUCCGUCGUGGUGAUAAGAUGUAA